AUGAGUGUAAACGAAGACGAAAUAGAAAUAAAAGUUGAAUAUUACGAAACAUUUGACUUAGACCCUUUGCAUGAUAACAGAGACAAAACAACAGAAAAUAAUCUCGACAUGAAUUCAGCUGUCGUUGUGGGACAUAGAAAUAUAAGCAAAGAAGCGGCGCUUGGAAGCUCAGUUCAAAAUAAUAAAGGGGUACCAGUCGCAGAUAAAAUUAAUGCUGUUAAAGAACGAGAAUUAGAAACCCUGUGGUAUAAACUAGUAACAAACUCUAGAAAAUAUGUGUGCAAAUUUUGUGAUCGCUCAUAUACAACAGUACAAACAUUACGGAACCAUGUGAGACUUAAACACCCUUCAAAGUAUCAAGAAAUAAAGAUUUUAACUAUAACCGGUUUAAGAAAAAAGAAACUGAAGUGCCAUAUUUGUACCAAAACAUUUAAAAAUAUACUUGAUUUAGGAGAUCAUAUUCAAUUUCACGGUUUGAAUAAUAUACAAAAAUCAUGUCCUAUAUGUCAUGCAUUUUUUGAAUCGGAAAUGGAGGUAUCAAAUCAUGUAAUAAGUGAACACAAAUCCUUAAAAAAGAUACAACAUACUUGUUUUAUAUGUGGGUACAGUACAUCAAAACUUUCUCAUUACAAACAACAUGAAAAUACUCAUUUGCAAGACAAUAAGAAGAAAUGUCCUCACUGUGAUUAUUCAACAAAUUAUCCAUCAAAUUUAAGGAUACAUGAACGAAUACACACAAAUGAUAAACCAUAUAUGUGUGAUUAUGGAGAAUGUGAUUAUCGUUGUGCAACAAAAUCAGCUCUCUCCAGCCAUCAGUUGAAACAUGAUAAGGAAAAAAAUAUGCUGUACUGUGAUAAAUGUAGUUAUAGCACUGUAUAUAAAUACAGUUUAAAGAAACAUAUUGACAGUCAUAGUAGAAAUAGUGUUCGAAAGAGACUGUGA